CUUAAACACAGACGUCUACCUCUCCCUCCCGGCCCCAAGGGACUCCCGCUCAUAGGGAACCUUUGGCAUGUGCCCGCAGAGUAUCCGUGGCUUACUUACGCUCGAUGGGCUGCCGCCUACGGCGACGUCUUUUAUCUGAAUACUCCUGGAAAUCCGACUGUCGUGAUCAACUCUGCAGAAGCGGCUGCGGAUCUGUUCGAAAAACGCUCUGGGAAUUAUUCUGAUAGACCAGAUUUCACCAUGACCAAGUUAGCGGGGUGGGGGCACAAUAUGGCUUUCAUGAGAUAUUCUGACUGGUGGAGAAAACAUCGCCGAAUGUUUCAUCAAUACUUUCAGCCUCGGGCAGUCCCAGCGUAUUAUCCUGUGCAGAUGAGAGCGACAUCGGUUUUGCUACAACAGUUGCAUAAAUCUCCCGAUGAGUUUGCUCACCAUGUUCGCCAUCAUGCUGGUUCUGUUAUUAUGAAAACCGUCUAUGGAUAUGAUGUCGAUCCAAAUGGCGAUCGAUUUGUGGAGUUGGUAGAUCGAGCUAUGGAAAGUGUUCGCAUUAUUGGGAACGUGGGAACUUUUCUCGUUGACUACAUUCCGAGCAUGAAAUAUCUUCCUCGGUGGUUUCCUGGUGCAAAUUUCAUGAGUCUUGCGGACACCUGGAGAAAAGAUGUCGAAGAGAUGGCAAACGGACCGUUCGCAUACGCUUCAGAAUCAAUGGCACGUCCUCGUUUAUUUAUUUAUGCGAAUGGCACUGCUACGCCUUCAUUCGUCUCUGAAAAUCUAACAAAGAUGAAAGAGACCAGUAUGUCGGAGAAGGCGGCACAGCUUGAAAUUAUCCGGAAUGCAGCUGCGUCUCUUAUUGCUGCAAAGACCGUAUCGGUUGUCCUUGCUGUCAUACUAGCAUUUCUUCUUUACCCCGAGGUUCAAGCCAAGGCUCAAGCUGAACUAGACGCCGUGGUCGGUUCCACCCGUCUGCCAAAUUUCAACGACCGUCCGCAGCUACCUUAUAUUGACGCUAUUCUGUUGGAAGCACUGAGGUGGAAUCCUGUGGUGCCAAUGGGUGUUGCUCAUCGUAGCUUGAAUGCGGAUGUUUACAAAGGAUAUUACAUUCCUGCAGGUAUGUCUCAGAUGCGUUCUCCCUGUCUGGCUAUACUUCACGAUGAAAAGGUUUAUCCCAAUCCUCUUAUCUUCGAUCCCGACAGGUUCAUACCCGAAGAGGGGAAAGAACCCCAACCUGAACCUAUAGCCGUGUUUGGUUUUGGAAGACGCAUAUGUCCCGGUCGUUAUCUUGCAUUGAAUUCCGCGUGGAUUGUCAUCGCGUCUAUGGCAUCGACGCUAUCGUUUACCAAGGCUAUUGAUUCUGAAGGUUGUAUCAUCGAACCUAGUGAUACCUUUACGGACGGUUUUCUCAGCUUUCCCAUACCUUUCAAAUGUACUAUCAAGGUGCGCUCGGCUGGAGCGCAAGCGUUGAUAGAUUCGAAUGGAUUGUAGCAAAAUUGGAACGACUUCGAUUUUUAAAGUUCUGUGGUGAUUGCCAUCACCCUCUUAGACCGCCGUAAACUUGGUCGGGAAAACACGACCCAAACAACCUUGAGGUUCACUAAGCGAAAUCAGGCUAAUUAGGAGCAUGAACGGAAGUUUUUCCCAUGAUACGAUCAGCACGAUAACACGGAUAGGCUUUUCUCAUGACAAGUCCGACCCGCAUAAUAACCGAGUAUAGUGUACACCUAGGGUGUAAUGUACGACGGACUGACACGCCAGAAUCGCAUUCUAUCGAUUAGUAAUGUUUGCUAUUUCCUUUG